AUGGAGAAGAACAAGGGCAUGAGCGACGUCCUCCCUCUUGACGUCAUUCGGCGAAUCUUUCUGAGGCUUCCCGCCAAAGAGCUGUUUCGUCUCAGAUGCGUCUCCAAACUUUGGCACUCUCUCAUAUCCGAUCGAGAUUUUGCAGAAUCUCAUCUUAACCAUUCCUCUGUAGCACCCUCCCAUUCAUGCCUCUUCGUAAACUUCCUAUCUGUGGGUUACUUUGUUGACGUAGACACACUAGCAUUCAAAGAGCUAUCUCUCCCUUUCAGCAGGAAGAAGCGAUCUUUAGAUUUUAGAGUCCUGGGAUCCUGCAGAGGGUUUGUUCUCUUAAACCGAUUUCCACAUUUUCUUAUAGUAUGGAACCCUCUCACCGGAUCCAGCAAAAGAAUAUCUUACUCUCAUAUCGUUUCUCGUAGUAAGAUCCCGGGCCUUAAUUUUCACGAUCAUGCACUUCUCUUUGGAUUUGGUUAUGAUGCGUCACAGGAUGACUAUUUGGUAGUUUUAGCUUGGGACAAUGGGAAGCACUCCCAACUCCACGUAGAUUGCUUUUCGUUGAGAACCAAUUCAUGGAUUAAUUUCGAUGCAGCACUCCCCAAACCCUUUGGUCACAAAAUGUGGGAAUCUCGUGGGUUAUUCUUACAUGGCGCUAUUCAUUGGUUGAGUUGCUAUGGUGCUUACAUGAAUGCUAUUCUUAUCUUUGAUUUGAAGGAAUGGAGUUUCUCAACGACAUCUAUACCGGUAAAGCAUUAUAACUGGUACUCCGAUCUCACCCUAUUAGGAGGGUGCCUAGCCUUGUUUUCGUAUGAUCACGUAGGUAAAACUUACAUAUGGGUUAUGAAAGAAUAUAAAGUGACGUCAUCUUGGAUUUUAAUGUAUGCCAUUCCUUGUUUUAAGAUAGUGCCUCUGUCCUUAUCCAAUGGUAGUGACAUUAUUGCACUACUAUCUACUACCAAGUUAAAGUUCGCCAAAUAUAACGUCAGUGGAGAGCUUCUCCAAGAAAUUGAUUAUCCUCCUCUUUGCUAUAGGCCAAAUCGAAACUUCCUAACUUUCUUUGUAUAUACAGAGAGUCUCUUGCCAUUCCCUGCUGAUACCAAAGAUAAGGAUAAGAAGAAGAAAACCGGUAUGUAA